CGAGCCUCGAACAUGAUGCCGAAGACGCCGAUGACGGAAGGCUUUGCAGCGGCCCGCAUGCUUUGGAAUCUUCUAUCAGGCCUAACAUAUAACCGCUUGAGGCUCCGCAACGUUCCACGUCUGCCAGAGCCGACCCACAGCGAAGAUCCUAGUACGCUUAUCUUGACGUGAGACCUCCAAACAUAAUUUCAUACACACAUCUGUCAAUUAGAGAUAGUCGCCCAUUUCUACCUACUUUCACAUAUAUUUGUCCCACUGUUGACCUCGAGAUUUACCAUUGAUACGUUCAACCGGUCCCCUAACUCCGCCUUGUACUACCUUCUGAAACUCAACCCUAUCAUGGCCUUCCCUGCAUAUACACCAAAGGCGCGCGUGCAAAAGCCUGCGCCACACUUCUCCGGCACCGCGGUCGUCGAUGGAACCUUCGAAGAGCUCAAUCUCACAGCCUACACAUCGACCAAGCAAUGGCUAGUCCUCGGUUUCGUCCCCAUGGCCUGGACUUUUGUGUGCCCGACCGAGAUCCUCGCAUUCAGCGACCGGGCCGCCGACUUCGAGGCCCGUGGUGCCCGCGUCGUCUUCGCGAGCACAGAUAGCGAAUACAGCCUCCUCGCAUGGACGAAUGCAAGCAAGAGGGACGGCGGGCUGGGCAAAAUCAACAUCCCGCUGCUGAGCGACAAGAACCAUAGCAUCAGCAGAGACUACGGCGUGCUGAUUGAGGAGGAGGGUAUUGCGCUGCGGGGCCUGUUUCUGAUCGACCCGCAUGGGAUUGUGCGACAGAUCACUAUUAACGACCUCCCUGUGGGUCGCAGUGUCGACGAGACACUCCGCUUGAUCGACGCCUUCCAGUUCACCGACAAGUACGGCGAGGUGUGCCCCGCGAACUGGAGCCCAGGCGACGACACUAUCAAGGCGACUCCCGAGGGCAACAAGGCCUACCUCGACAAAGUGCACGCCGACACUAAGAUGUCGGAUGCUACUAUCAAGACAAACGGAACGUCCUAAGUCUUCUCUGUAACAUGCCGUAUUUCAGCACACCGCAUCAUCAUUCAUUCAUCGCGUUAGACACCCAGCAUUGCUCAGGCGCUAGAUAAACAGGAUUGGGUUGCUUAUUUGUUCCAAUUCCUCAACCAGCAGACAG